AUGAACAUCAAACAAAACCCUAAUGUAAAGUCUUUCGAGACCCGCCUAUUCAUCAAUGGCAAGUUUGUCGAGGCGUCCGACGGCGGCAAAUUUGACUUGAUCUCGCCUGCUACAGGUGAAAAGUUUGCCGAAGUAUCCGAAGCCACGGAGGACGAUACCAACGCGGCUGUCGCAGCCGCCAAGGCCGCAUUCCCAGCAUGGUCUGCGCUUUCUCCUAGUGCCAGGGGAGCCUAUCUUAAGAAGCUUGCCCCCCUCGUUGCAGAAGCUCACGAUGAGCUUGCAGAGAUCGAGGCCUUGUCCAUGGGCCGUCCUGUUUCGAAGUAUAUUGAGGGCCGUGCUGCGGUGGACUACCUUAACCAUUACGCGGAAGCUGGGUACCAAGCUCUGGGAACUUCGAGUCUGAAUACCCCCGGCUUUGUCAAUAUGACAAUGAAGCAGCCGUACGGUGUUGUGGGCGCUAUCAUUCCUUGGAAUGUGCCUGUGCUUUUCCUCAUCAGCAAAUCCGCUCCUGCGCUAAUGGCAGGAAACACUGUUGUUGUUAAGAGUAGCGAGAAAGCGCCAUUGACUUCUGCCAAGGUUGCUACUCUCAUCGAGAAGGUUGGUUUCCCACCCGGUGUGUUUAACAUUAUCUCCGGACAUGGCCACAUCUCAGGCAACGUCCUCUCCCACCAUAUGGAUAUCCGAGUCAUGAGCUUCACCGGCUCAGGCCGAACCGGUCGUCUUAUCCAAGCCGCGGCCGCCAAGUCCAACUUGAAGAACGUCAUUUUGGAAUUGGGCGGCAAAUCCCCCGCGAUCAUUUUCGAAGAUGCCAAUAUCGACAAGGCCGUGAAAGAGACAAAGAACUCAGUGCAAUUCAACAGCGGUCAAGUCUGCAUGGCGAACUCCAGAAUCUACGUGCAUGAAUCCAUCGCCACAACCUUCAUCGAGAAGUUCCAGAAGGCUUUCGUCGUUGAAAGCGGCGACCCCUUGCUUCCAAGUACAGAUCACGGCCCCCAAGCCGAUGAGAUCCAGUACAAGCAAGUCCAGUCCUACAUCGAGGAGGGUAAGAAGACAGGCAAGAUGAUCCUGGGAGAUGGUCCAUCCAAGCACACAAACGGAUUCUUCAUCCAGCCGACUAUCUUCUUGGAGACACCCGAGAACGCCAAGAUCAUGAAGGAGGAGAUCUUCGGCCCGGUUGUUGCCAUCAACACCUUCAAGGACGAGGCUGAAGUUGUCGCCAAGGCUAACGAUACUGAGUUCGGUUUGUACGCUUCGGUUUACACCAAGGAUGUUAGUCGAGCGCUUCGGAUGGCCAAGAAGUUAGAAUCUGGAAAUGUGGGUGUGAACUGCACCAGCCCUACGGGAGCGCAUGAUAUGCCUUUUGGUGGUUAUAAGGCGAGUGGAAUCGGUCGUGAGGGGUGGACUGUUGGCAUCAACAACUACUUGGAGACCAAGAGUGUGUUUAUCAGUGUUGAUGAUGCUUAG